CCUUAUUUCCGCUAACAGUACAAAGUGCGAACAAUUCAAGACUUGGUGAGCAUGAAGGACGUUGAUCGUCGUAAUAUGUUGCGUUUCCUGAGUGAGGACAAAUAUGAUGAGAUCAUCGCAGUACUCGGGAGCUUCCCGCAUGUCAGCAUGGAGAUUAAACUGCAAGUUUUGGAUGAUGAGGACAGUAGCAACAUCACUGCAGGAUCCAUUGUCACUGUCACUGUGACACUUCGGAGAGGGACUAUGACUACCAUCUUUGAAAAGGAACAAGAACAUGGCGCUUGUAUAAAUGACGACCAGGACACCGAUGACAUACAAGGAGCUGGUGGUGUGAAGAGCAAAAAGAAAGCCUGGCAGAAGAAUAAAGGAGCAAAGAAACCAGCUAAAUCCAAGAAAAAGAAACCGAUCAAAAAGAAGGUAGUCGCUCAGCCCACGCCACAGCCGCCGACGGAGCAACAGAAGCAGAAACAGAAACACAGCCAAGCUAACGGCUCGGUUGUAGCAGGCAGUGAUCCAUCAAACAGAGACGAGGAUGAAGAUGAUUUAUCAGAUAAAGGGAGUGACUCUGAAGAAGAAACAACUAACAAAGAUUCCCAGAGUGAGAAGGAAGAUGACAGUGAUAAAGAAACGGAACAUGAAGAGAAGGAUGAUGAAGCUGAAUGGGAAGCACUCCAGCAAAGUAUCCAAAGAAGAGAGAGAGCCCUGCUUGAAACCAAAUCAAAGGUCACCCACCCAGUACACACAUUAUAUUUCCCAGAGGAGAAACAAGAAUGGUGGUGGCUUUAUAUCGCAGACAGAAAAGAACACUCUUUGAUAUCCAUGCCAUAUCAUGUAUGCACUCUCAAAGACGAAGAGGAGAUUGAAUUGAAAUUCUCCGCACCAUAUAAACCCGGAAAUUAUCAAUACUCUGUAAUUCUAAGGUGCGAUUCUUACAUGGGUUUAGAUCUAAUCAGGCCAUUAAAGUUUGAAGUCCAAGAGGCGAAGCAAGUUCCAGAAACUCAUCCACAGUGGGAUAUUCCAGAGACGGAAGAGGAGGAGGAAGACCAGGAAGACAGUGAAGGGAUCGAGGAUAGCGAAGAAGAGGAAGAGGAGAACGAUUAAGCCAACUAGUCUACGUUCUCAACAACAGCCACACACAACGUUGUGCACAGUUCCAACAACUGCGAUUCUGAUUAAUGUAACCAUGUACAAGAUAUAACAAAAAAAGGGGGAAGAGAAAAGAAAUAUGGUACCCAGUCCAUGUCAAUAAUUUGAGCAAUAGGCCGUGCAGUUUUUGAAAGUGUUCGCGACACGUACUCUAAAGCACAGGGGUUGCGUUGUUUGACACAGCGCCACGAUACCUUUUCUGAGGGUGCCCUUAAUGCCGUUUAAACCAUGUGUGGGAAGUGGGGGAAUUAUUGCUUUCAUAAUCAUUUUGAUUUUUUUUUUUCCCAUUUUUUUUUCCCCUCCAAAAAAAAAAAAAAGAUGGAAUAGAUUUUUCACUACAAAAAAAAACAAAAACGAAUGCUGCACCCGAGAGCCGAGAUGUAUCCUCUACUAAACUCUGGAACUGCUUUGGGACCAUGUUUGAAGUUUUUAUUCAUUGUUCAACCCGUAGUCAGGAUAAACUGAUGGACAAAUCGACUUUACUGCAAGUGUUAACAGGUCUGAAGAGUUUGAGCGUUAGUUAGUAUGGGUUAGCAAAAUCUUUAAUCAAUAAUACACAAACUACUAUUCAAUUGACCAGUCAGAUUGGAAAACAAAAAUUGUUGUAUACAUUUCUGUUACUUUUGUUUACAUGAUAUUAUAAAUGGGAAAUAUAUCCGUCUAUAUUCUUUGUAUUUAAAAUAGUUGCAAAUAAAAUGGCAAAAUGUUUUUAAAAUGUAA